AUGUACGCCAUGAUCCGCCGCGCGGAUCCCCUCCGGAGGCGCGCCGCGUCGGCCAUCCUGGCCGCGCUGCUGCAGCACCCGGCGGGCCCCUCCGCCGCCGGGGCGUCGGCGUCGGUCCUGCCCCCAAGGUCGCCGCUCCCGCCGCCGGCGAUGUGGUUCCACUCCAGGCCGGCCCCGCUCGGGUUCCGGGAGACGGGGGCCGCGCGGGCCGGGGCGCACGCUCAGUUCGCGGCGGACGAGGGGUGGAACUACGACGAUAAGAGGAAGCCCGCGGGGGGCGUGGCUGGGGCCGGCGCCGGCGCCAAGGAGGAGGGGCUUGAGAUCGCAAAGCUCGGGAUCUCGUCCGAGAUCGUCGACAAGCUCUCCGCCAAGGGCAUCACCAAGCUGUUCCCCAUCCAGAGAGCUGUCCUUGAGCCAGCAAUGCAAGGCAAGGAUAUGGUUGGCCGUGCCAAAACGGGGACAGGGAAAACUUUGGCAUUUGGAAUCCCCAUAAUGGAUGCAAUUAUUCGCCAUAACGCAGCUAACAAACCUGGAAUAUAUCCCCUGGCGAUAUGUUUGGCACCAACACGGGAACUUGCAAAACAAGUUGAGAAAGAAUUUGUUGAUUCUUCCCGGCUGGAUACACUCUGUGUAUAUGGAGGCACUCCAAUUCAGCAACAAAUGAAAGGACUUAGCCAGGGUGUUGAUGUAGUUGUUGGGACACCUGGACGGGUAAUUGAUCUGCUAAAUAGACGUGCUCUGAAUUUGUCAAAUGUCCAGUUUGUUGUUCUCGAUGAAGCAGACCAGAUGCUGUCAGUGGGUUUUGAUGAAGCUGUUGAGGAAAUUUUGCAAAAUGUGCCUGCCAAACGUCAAACCUUGAUGUUCUCCGCAACAAUGCCACCCUGGAUACGCAAGCUGAUGCAGAAGUACCUCAAAGAUCCUGUCAUAGUUGAUCUUGUGGGUGAAGAUGACCAGAAGCUGGCAGAAGGGAUUUCUCUGUUGUCUAUUGCUACAGAGAAUCAUGCAAAACCUGCUGUCCUUGGGCAAUUGAUUCAGGACCAUGCUAAAGGUGGCAAGUGCAUUGUAUUUACGCAAACAAAAAGGGAUGCUGAUCGGUUGUCAUACACUAUGAGUCGAAGUGUCCAGUGUCAGGCUCUUCAUGGAGAUAUUACACAACAACAGAGAGAGAGGACACUUCAAGGAUUUCGUGAAGGGCGCUUUAAUACUUUGAUUGCCACUGAUGUUGCUGCUCGUGGUUUGGAUAUUCCAAAUGUGGAUCUGGUGAUACACUAUGAAUUGCCAAACAAUUCAGAGAUAUUUGUUCACAGGUCUGGCCGUACUGGCCGUGCUGGGAAGAAAGGCACUGCAAUUGUGAUGUACAGCUACAACCAAAGUAGAGCUGUCAGGGGCAUCGAGAAUGACGUUGGAGGCAAGUUUACGGAGCUUCCAAAGAUCAAUGUUGAAGGUUCUGACUUGACAAUGGCUAGUGGUUAUGAUUCGUUCGGAGGUGGAGGUGGAGGUGGGCGCUCACGUGGUGGUGGUUUUGGUGGCCGCGGUGGUGGUUUUGGCAACUCUUCCAGCAGAGGUGGCGGGUUUGGUGAUUCCGGUUUUGGUCGUUCAGGUGGUGGGUUUGGUCGGUCAGGCGGCGGCGGAGGUGGUGGAUUUGGCGAUUCAGGGUUUGGCCGAUCAGGUGGUGGUGGUGGAUUCGGUGAUUCAGGGUUUGGCCGAUCAGGUGGUGGUGGAGGUGGAUUCGGCUCAAGUGGUGGGUUUGGGAGUUCUGGUUCAGGGCGGUCUGGCGGGUUUGGUAGCAACUCUGGUAGCUCUGGCUCUAGCUGGGGUGGAUUCGGCAGCUUUGGAGGCAAAAGCUCUUGA